AUGAUUAUGAUAGGGAAUUUUAAUAAAAGCUCCUUAGUUCAGUAUAAAAGACGUAUCCUUAUCACAAAGCUCGGAGCUAAUAGUUUAGAACACGAAAUGUCAACAGCCCACCGCUGGGACGGCGCAUGUGUUGACAGUUGUCACGCAUGCGUGCUAGUGACGUCACGCGAGGUGUCAGAAUCGCGUGUCAGUCGCGCCGGCAACACACGCCAAGCAGCCGCGUCGCCGCGCCUCGACGCGUAA